AUGUCUGGUCGUGGCAAGCAAGGAGGCAAGGCCCGCGCCAAGGCCAAGUCGCGCUCGUCCCGCGCUGGCCUCCAGUUCCCGGUAGGGCGAGUGCACCGCUUGCUGCGCAAAGGCAACUACGCGGAGCGAGUGGGGGCCGGCGCACCCGUCUACAUGGCGGCGGUCCUCGAGUACCUGACCGCCGAGAUCCUUGAGCUGGCGGGUAACGCGGCUCGGGACAACAAGAAGACGCGCAUCAUCCCUCGUCACCUCCAGCUGGCCAUUCGCAACGACGAGGAACUGAACAAGCUGCUGGGCAAAGUCACCAUCGCCCAGGGCGGCGUCUUGCCUAACAUCCAGGCCGUGCUGCUUCCUAAGAAGACGGAGAGUCACCACAAGGCAAAGGGCAAGUGAGGCUGACGUCCGGCCCAAGUGGGCCCAGCCCAGCCCGGCCCGCGUCUCGAAGGGGCACCUGUAAACUCAAAAGGCUCUUUUCAGAGCCACCCACGUUUUCAAAUAAAAGAGUUGUUAAUGCCGGCUACUCUGUCCAGCGUUCCUCAGUAGUGAAUAGCGAACCUGGAGCUGACGGGACGGGGCAGGUGUGUGUGUGUGUUCGUGCGUGCCGUCUUGCAUUUGGAGCACGUAACUGCCUUGGCUCUUCGAUGAGUGGGUCCCCAGUCCUAGAAC